CGAAAACUCGCUUUUCAGAACCAAUGAGAUUCAAGGGAAAUAACUCCAAUUCAUCGGUAGAGGAACGUGGACACGGUUUUUUAUAAGGCUUAUAGCUAUUCUAUAUAACUGUGACGGUAUAUGUACCGAUAUGGGAUGUCCCAGGGUGUGUAUGUGUAUCGGAAUAUACAGUCAUCUUUAAGUGGUACCAGGACGCUCGCGAACAAUGGCGUUUUUACUGACCUUUAUAGGAAUUUCUAUGCUUCACAUGUUAGCUACUGGAGCAGCACAAUCUACCAACGGAAGUGGUGUCACACAACCGGAGUCACGUGGUGUUGCUGCCCCUCCUCCUCAUUCUGGCACAGCCAGGAAAGUCAAGCGAGCCCAUGGAUCAGUAACAGACAUCCCCGAAGAGCGCGAGAUUGGGGAGGACGUUACGACAAUAAGGGGUGGAAUAACUCAGCCUACUCCUGCUGAGGAUCCUGUUGAACAGCAUGAUUUGAGUCCAGGCGCGGGAACCCACACGACGCAACCUAUGAACACACAUUCUUCUACAUUCCACACAGGAACGACAGUCCCGUACUUCGACCACCACUAUACCACGACAGAGGAAAUGGAACCGGAGGACAGCCUCCCGGGGACCGGAAACUGUCCACAGUUUGAAGACAUCACAAAGGAACACCAUGUGAUCAUUAGACACGAAAACUGCGAAAUAUUUAUAUCUCAUGACGAUUCUAUACGAUGGUUCGGACAGCCGGGAUUAAGCCCACCAUCUGUCUACGUCAGGAACUUUGUGUGAUCUAGCCAACCUUUAACAUCGUCGUCAGAAGAUCGAGUUGUCUUUCUUGUCUUCAAAAUGUUAGUCACUCUAUUAAAUAAUUCCCAUACCCACA